GCCUAGCUAGGGGAGAGAAACCGUCGGAGAAUGUAGAAUACCUAUGACAAAAAAAGAAGUAAAGUUGAGGAUUGAUAAACACCUGGCAACGUGGAUGAAAGAAACUGAACAGGUAUUACCAGCAACUUGGCAACAUCUCUUCUCUCCCCUGGCUCUCCAGCGUGUAAGGACACCACCGCCGAACACAUCAUAUCUUUAGUCACCCAGUGCCUCUACCUGACGGAUCAUUAUUCUGCCCUUCAUCUUCACCCGUGCUAAAACUACCACCAGCAGAACAGGAGAAAGACAAGCGAUCCGCUGCAGCUACCAACAGUUGAUACUUUAAUAAGUUCAGUGGCUCCAAAAUCCAACCAUAUCCAAGCUUCUGAUAAGUCUAAACCUCAAAACUCUUCAUCAGCAUUACUCCGUUCUCUCAUCAGGUCAGUCCAUUUUUAGAAAACUGUAAAUACUACUUUGCACCAUUAUGGCCUCCAUCACCCAGUCAUCCGAGCGUGAGAUUCCUGACAACCACAAAGAGAGCUGGCUGGCCCUACUUUCUGCUGCGGAGUCGUAUUGCCAAAAAUCGGGCUGCGACCUGGCCAUACUUACAGCGUGUAAGAAGUUCCGGAAAAGGGACAGCGGCAGUGCCUUUCUGAAGGAGUGUGACUUCUCCUACAACGUGUGGGGUCAAGGGUUUCUGGCGGAGUCGGCGCGCCGCUAUAUGGACGACAUCGGCGUGCUGCACUCCACGACCAUGCUCACAACCCAAAGGCACAUACGCCAACCGGGGAGAGGGGGAGGAACCAAACUGGUUGUUGACCUGACCUCUGACCCCGGAAACAGGGGGAGCUCUUCAGGCGAUGGCGUGGUGGGCGGAGUCAGUCCCAAUAACAGACUGUACUCCCAAAGCUACCCGUCAAUCUACAGCUCGGGAGCUUUGACCGAGCAGGGCGGCGGACAGAACAGCAACGGAGAGGACGAGCGGGAGAAGUGCGCUCUGGAGGCCGAGGAGGGCGGACAAAGGUCUGGGAUUGUGGACUUGGAAGAAGAGUGUGAGGACGAGGAGGAGGACGACGAGGAGGAGGAGGAAGAGGAGGACAUGGAUGAGAGGAGACCCUAUGGGAAUGAAUGUGCUGGUGUCUUCUCCAUGGACGAGGACUCUCUGUCUCGGGAAUGCGAGCCGUUCUUUGAGUCCGACGGGGAGGAGGAGAGCACCGAUGGCUCUCUGAGCGAAGAUGCUCCUCCGCCGACGCGCAGCGUGGCGAUGGGUCAGUCCGCAUUCUCGUCCCGCCGCGCCCAGACCAUGGCCAUGGCCCGCUCGCUGCCCGUCUCGGUGCCUGUGUGGGGCUGCAGAGGAGCCCGGGCUCAAGGGGAGAACAGGAGCAGAGAACGGGUGGGCGUUGCUGACCUGGACCACAUCGCUGCCAGUAUGAAGGCCCUGCUGUCCCCCGGAGCGAAUGAUGGGACUGAAAUGUUCGGGGCCCUGCCUCGGCCCCGACUCAACACAGGGGACUUCUCCCUCAAGCACUGAGAGAGAGAGGAGACGGAGGAGAUUAAAAGAGAGAGAGAGAGAGAGAGGUGGGCUGGCAGGAUGUGAAACAGUGUUAAAGCUAGCUGCUCCGUUUAUUUCCCUCUAACCCAAAUUAACAGCACUUGCUUUGAGGAAAGAAUAUUGUGAGCACGAAUAACAUGUUCAACACUACACCCUCCCACCUUGUCACGACACAUGCCACAACACCAGCUCCUUCACAUCCCAGAACACGGCAUUACGAUUGGACAUCUGGAUGUGUGUCCUGCCCCCCAGCACUGACCAACGAGACACUAAAACCGGGUGUGUCGUAAUCUUACUGGCCAAUUUAAAAACGUUUUUAGGCAACUUGUGUGCUGACGAAGGUUUUGGAAAGUUUCCUUUUGUUGAGGCGAUGAGAGUUUAGGGAGCAGCCAUCGGUGCUCCAGUGCUGCAUGCUCACGCUUGAGCAGCAUUAUGAUGACGUGUAGUUUCCCAAUGCUACAUGUCUAUAUAGAGAUAGAUAUAUAUAUAUCUCUAUAUAUAUAGAGACAUAUGGCUUAUUAUGUGGCUAAGAGGGGCAGUUCAGUCACUCUUCUAAAAUUCGCUCAAAGAAACGGUUUUUAAAUGAAAAGUAUGGCGCUCGAGCUAGGAGACGCUUAGCUUAGCUUACUUAUAGUUUAGCUUCGAUCGGGCGCAAAAGUAAACAUCGAGUCUGGCUUCCGCUAAUGUUAAAAAGUACACCUGCCAACACCUAUAAAGAGAGACGAGAGAGACGAGUGUGUUCCUGGGUGUUGUUUGCCAAAACAAUACCUAUGUUUAAAAAUGUAUGUUUUUACAUUUCUGCGUGUGUACAGUCUAAACAAAAGAAAUGCAACAUGUUAAUGAGUGCUAUUUAAACGUGUUGGCUGUAUUGUUGGACUUCAGACACAGCCGGGCUCACGGUUUCCCCUGCUGCCUUUCUUUAUGCUAAGCUAAGCGUCUGCCAGCUCGUUUAGCACAGUACAGUUUUAGCCUGAGCACAGGAGCCAAUGAUCUCCAUCCCACCCGGGUCACAUGGGUGUCUCGCCCGCAUGCUCCUAUUAUUUACUGAGGAAAUUGACCAACAGGCCCGUUGCUUAUGUUGUCCAUCCCCCACAAAAACACAAUCUGUUCCUAGGAACCAGAUAACUUGUUGACUUAACAUGAAGCUUGUGGCUCUUACAAUGUGAGCGGAGGACCCCCCCCCCCCCCCCGUAACACACCGACAUAUACUUUUACUUUUGCCAAUGACUGAUGGAAUGAAUCAACAUGAGUUAAAGGUGUUUUUUUCCGUUGCUCCACACGUCUUAAAAUUACUGAAUGAACGAGAAGGUGGCUGUAUGAGAGAAUGGAGUGAUCGGUUGAUUCUAAAGAAACAAAUGUCCACCAACAAAUAAAUGUUCCGUUAAGUACUUUUAUGUUUCAAAUAAAGGAGCAACACCAAGAGAAGAAGGAAA